UUCAUUGGCAUGUUCGCAGCCAAAGGCAUAGGACAUGGUGAUUUUGGAUUGAAUUUAACCACAUGGCGAUAUGAAGAGAUUCAAAAAGAAUCGUCAGUAUCGCUGGUUCUCUCGAAAGAAAAAUACUAAUACGUCAAACCCAAAGGAAACAACACCCAUUACUUAUGUGGAAUCCAUCAAUGACAUCUCAAACUCAGAAGACUCAAAAUCCAUUACUGAUGUGGAAUCCAUCAGGGACAACCCAUCCUCUAAUGACCUGAUGCCAGUAGCCUUUGAUGGAGUCACUAAUGAAACCACCACAGUAUAUGAAUUCACGUCAACUUCCUGGGAAGGAGCUAUCAGUGAAAUACUAAAUACAGAAGAAUUGGCAUCAGACACUCAUGAGGAGGUACCCAAUACCAUCAAUGUCCUGUAUGAGUCAGAAUCCUCAGGGAGAAAAACCAAAGCAAUCUCUCCUUCACGUGGACCAGCACCUUUUGGUGAAGUUAUCAAUGAAAUUACUGUCCAGUCAGACUUGAAAACAUCCCCAAGUGAAUGCACAAGCACCACCUUAAGUGAGUCAACAGCAAUAUCUGUUGAUGAAGGCGUCGAUGAAACCAGCAGGAUAAAGAACAUUGCUCGCUUAAUUGUAUCAUCCUUUGCAUUCAGAGUAUUUGGAAUUCUACUCAUAUUUGUGGAUAUAUUUCUCAUCAUGUCAGAUGUACUUUUCAACGAAAACACAAUGGUUUUGGAAUUGCGUUCAGCUUCUUUGGCUAUUGCACUCUUUUUUUGCUUUGAUGUUUUACUCAGCGUAUAUGUUGAGGGGAGGAAGCAAUAUUUUUCUGAUCUAUUUAACACCUUAGAUGCUGUCAUUAUUGCGAUAACUCUCGUGAUUGAUAUCAUUUACUUCUUUUUUGAGCUAAGAAUUCUGAAAGACAUACCAAGGCUGGCUGUUCUGCUUCGACCUCUACGCCUUGUAAUUUUGAUAAGAGUUUUCCAUCUGGCUUAUCAAAAAAGACAACUUGAAAAGCUGACCAGAAGAUUGGUUUCAGGAAACAAAAGGAGAUACAACAGAGAUGGAUUUGACCUGGAUCUCACUUACGUAACUGAUCGCAUAAUUGCCAUGUCAUUUCCAUCUUCUGGUAAACAGUCUUUCUACAGGAAUCCAAUUAAGGAAGUUGUGAAGUUCCUGGAUACCAAACAUCCAAACCACUACCGAGUCUACAAUCUGUGCAGUGAAAAAGCUUACGAUCCUGAAUAUUUUCAUAACAGAGUCCAAAGAAUCAUGAUUGAUGAUCAUAACGUCCCUACUCUCAGUGAGAUGGUGGUGUUUGCCAAAGAAGUAAAUAUGUGGCUGGCUCAAGACAAGGAAAAUGUCGUAGUGAUUCACUGCAAAGGCGGCAAAGGGAGAACUGGGACCAUGGUCUGUGUUUGUCUCAUUGCUAAUCAGCUCUUUGGUACUGCAGAGGAUAGUCUUUCAUUCUUUGGACAUCAACGAAUAGAUCAAACCACCAGCACCAAAUAUCACGGAGUGGAAACUCCCUCUCAACAUAGAUAUGUAGGCUACUUUGAAAAGGUGAAGCGUCUCCACCACUGGACUCUCCCACCCAGAAAAAUCCUCCAGCCAAACAAAAUCAUCAUUCAUUCAAUUCAUAGUGUUGGGAAAGGUGAUGGAAGUGACCUAAAAAUUCAAAUUAUAACAAUGCAACAGACAGUCUUUUCAUGCUCAUCUUCUAAGAACUGUAAGAUAUUUCAUGAUGUCGAAACUGACAGAGUCAUUAUUGAAUUGUUGAACUGUCCCAUCUUAUAUGAUGACGUUAAAGUCAGAUUUCUCUCUCGGAAUCUCCCCAAAUACUAUGACAAAUGUGCAUUCUUCUUCUGGUUCAAUACAGCUUUCAUACAAAACAACAGGCUAUAUCUAAGACGAAAUGAAUUGGAUAACCCACACAAACGAAAAGCCUGGAAAACCUAUGGCCCACGUUUCGCAGUUGAGAUUUAUUUCAAUACUACAUGAGCCCUGCGCAGACCAGCUUCAUCCAUGCCUGAAGAAUUCUGUAAAGAAGACAGCCCUGUGGCCACAGGGAAUCACGUUUUCUUGACUACUGUUACUUUAAGUACUUUUAUUAAAAUUCACUUUUAUUAAAAAUUUUUGAGAUGACAUUUUUAAUUUUUAUUAGAGUCAAAGGUUUAAUGUUCUAUUGAAUAAAAAGUUCAAAAAAAAAAUAGAAAGACCAUAGUGCAGCAGAUAAAUAGGCAAGGUCUAUAAUCAAUAACC